UGCGCCUGCGCAGCCAUCUUGAACCUCUAGCGAGCAACGGGCACAGAAAGGCAGGGAAGAAGAAGUAACGAAUACCGGCCUAACCCUAGAAAACACGGCUAUGUCUGUUAGAAUCAAGGCCAUAUGAAUCAUUAAAGGUCGAUUAUAGUGGAGCGAGCAGGUGUCAGUAACGGAACCAGCACAACAGCCGUCUAAGUGCCACGGAUACCAGGACCGACAAGUCAUCUUUUUCACCGGAGUUGCUAGGAAGGAAGAGCUGACCGCCGACGGAAAAACACGUCCAGAGUGAAGCCAUGAACCCCGAAUAUGACUACCUGUUCAAGCUCCUGCUUAUUGGAGACUCUGGAGUAGGGAAAUCCUGUCUUUUGCUGCGCUUUGCAGAUGACACUUACACAGAGAGCUACAUCAGUACGAUCGGAGUGGACUUCAAGAUCCGCACCAUUGAACUUGAUGGCAAAACCAUCAAACUGCAGAUUUGGGACACUGCAGGUCAGGAGAGGUUUCGUACCAUCACCUCUAGCUACUACCGUGGAGCUCACGGCAUCAUAGUUGUAUAUGAUGUGACAGAUCAGGAGUCCUAUAACAACGUCAAGCAGUGGCUUCAGGAAAUUGACCGUUACGCCAGUGAAAAUGUCAACAAGCUCCUGGUGGGCAACAAGUGUGACCUGACCACUAAGAAAGUAGUCGACUAUACAACAGCUAAGGAGUUUGCUGACUCUCUGGCUAUCCCCUUCCUGGAGACGAGCGCCAAGAACGCCACCAAUGUGGAGCAGGCUUUCAUGACCAUGGCAGCAGAAAUUAAAAAGCGCAUGGGCCCCGGGGCCACAGCUGGCGGCGACAAGCCCAACUUAAAAAUCGAGAGCACCCCUGUCAGACAGUCUGGAGGGGGCUGCUGUUAAAGGACCCCUUAGCCCUCGCCGCCCUAACCGUCACCUCCACUAUCUCCACAUUGGCAUCUUCCUGUCUUCUCCAUCUGUAUUCCCUCCCAUCGUCUGUGCCGUUCUCAGGCCUGUACACACCUCUCCCCACACAUCACACAACAGAGAGAAGAAUGCAAGCAGUGUGUGAGGGAGGGAAAGAAACGCACACACUCACAUUCAGAGCAACUUUUGCCUCUGCCAAGAAGAGACAUAGGAGACAGACACGAGAUGAUUGGUAUUGCUUUAGAGUGAAACAGAAGUCUUCUUCUUUCAGAUGCCAGCGAGUUCUCUUCUCACAUACCUACACACACACUGUAGCUGGGUGGCAUUGCUUUAAGAGACCUAAGCUUUUGGUCGUCCUUCCUCUCAGACUGGGUCCGUCUUUGCUUAUCAUACCCUCACCUCACUCGCCCUACUUCUUACACACAAAUGCAGUGUGCUUGAGUCGUGUAAAGGCUCUUUACAGAGUAGGAAGUGUUGCUGAACAACAGCAAACUGUGCACAAUAACUUCUCAUUGCCAUUUGCUAAUUAUCAUCAAGGAAAAGCUUGUUGAUUGAGCCUCUUUGUUGGACACCUGCCCUUUUAUUUAGCUUCCACUCUGACAUUUUAAGGUGGCCUUAGCAGGGCUGAGGCCAGUUUUUCAUUAACACAGCUGUUCUGCAUCUGAGUUAAGCCUCACCUGCACAUUCACACUUAUAGGCUAAACCAACAGGCUUUCAUAGCUGCCAUGUGUACGGCCAAAACCAAGAAAAACAUGCUUUGUUGUUGAAAAACAUAACAAAAGCGAGGCCAACACUAGCAGUUCAGAUAUGUGGUAACGUCGCUCCACCCAGGAACAAUAUCAUUGAAUAAAAUAAUUAAUAACAAUUUAGAUCCACAAAAGUCAGUUUCAUGUUUUAUAAAAUUGUGCCCCAUACUAAAAUACACAACAUGAUAGCUGUGUGUAGGCUUCUUGGGAAGAUUUAAAUUCAGAUUCAUGCAUAUGGAACUGGGCCUCAUGCAAGAACUUUUUACUUAAACUAAUUUGUCAUUAGUUUUAGGAAUUUAUUAAUUAAAAGCACUCACCGUUUUUUUUGAUUUAGAGAAAAUGUCAUUUCACCAGUGGUCCAGACCUUUUGUAUGAAUCCUGAUUACUUAUGCAACGCAGUAUGACUCUUAAAGACACGCAAAGCCAGACAUGCUUCUUGCAAAACACUCAUCAAACAUUCAUUAAAAUAACUGCAUUUUUUUUGUGUCACCUGGUGGAUGGAUCUUGAGAACCUCCACAUGUAGCCUGUUAAGUUAUGUAUAUUAGGACUGGGUGAGUUUAAACGUGAUAUCAUUUAAUUACAGAAAUACACUAUAAACACACCUUGAUGCUAAAUGAUUUUAUUGGUAGUGAUGUUAGAGUUAUUAGCUGUUGAAAAUUUGGCGUUUGGUGACAGCAGAUGUGAAUCUUCACACAAGUUUUAAAUAUGUGUAAAUGAAAAUUUCUCACAAUAAAAAAAUGAACAGAUCUGUUUCUCUCAGUUUGACGAACACAUCGCAUUUCGAAAUGUAGGACGCAGCGAAUGUAGAAUGCAAAAAUGUUCUUGCACGAGGCCCAUUGAGUGUCGUCAAGGCCUCAGCAACAUGUUGAGACCUUUCCUCCUUCAAUAGAACAUUGGGGACAAAACCUGUUGCAUCCACAAAGUAUCGGACGAUUACAUUACAUUUUAUAUAAAGAGGCACAGAUGUCUCAUUGGCUCAGUAUGCAUCAACAGUGGCACAUUUUCAUGCCUUUGCUGUCUUUCUCUUGACUUUGUAUGCAAUUACAUUGUUCAUGAUGUGGUCCCGAUGUCUUAUGCAUCACACAAACUCCUCAAUAAUUAUUUUUUGCCAAGGAUUCAGUGGUUAGCGCAUGUAGAACAGUAGGGACUGAGGGGGAGAUCUAGAAGUGACAAAGCAUUACAGUAUUUAGUAGAGAUUUGCUGGAUGACACUACAUAACACAGUCUGAGCAACCUGCACAGACGAUGAGGGAUAAAAGAAGUCGUGGUAGUGGUGGAGGCUCUGAAGUCGGUGAUGUCCCGCAUCAACCUCAACAUCAAUUCCUGUUUUAUUAUCAUAGUUUUGUUGAUUUCUUUUUCCAGUGACUCCUCUAAUGGAGACGGUUUAUACCCUUAGCUUUCUGUCUAUAUAUUCAGACUAGGAUUUAGGAAGUUGUCUUAUUGUCUCGUGUUUGCAGAUGAAGCUGGGUUAGAGGUGUGGUGUGUCUGUUGGCUGCCAGCUUGGCGUUCUUAUAAAAGCAGAUUGACCUGUUGUCUCCCGUCUGGGUUCUGUUAUUAACUGAUUUCUGAUGAUUUAGCGUUUCGCUGUUUAGUUCCGGUUCUUAGUUCUUUAACUCAUUAGUUGUACUGAUCUGGUGACUGACGGACCAGUGCUUUUCUGAAGUAUGCCGUUGCCUUUAAAUUCAGCGAGGAGAUCAGACCUUUCCCUGUCCCUCAACAGUUAAAUGUCAGAAUUUAAACUGCUGGUAUCAGACAUUGUGAAGACGUAGAUCUGGCGUCGUACCAUUAGAAUCAGAGGCUGGUAUGAAGCUGUUUACAUGCUUGGAGCUCUGAGCAGCGUGCGUCUCGUAGCUGUAUUCCAGGGAAACUUGAAGGAAUGUGAGGGGAAAAAGCACAGGGGCCGCUACACUGCAGGGAGGCUUCGGCUUCUGCGCAGGACGCGGUGUUGGUCUAGUAAUCUGGAGCAGCCGCAGGCCUCUGGUCUGGUUGUACAGGGAAGGGAGCGCUGGCUUCACCAUAGCGUAGUGUUCCGGGGCAACCUGGAGGUUCAGGGACUGACUGGUCUUGGUUUGCUGACCGGAUAUGACCUCCCAAACCCAACCACGGCACUGCAGCUCGGUGAGUUCCCGGCCCCGGCCCCCGCACCCAACCAAGACACUGUGAAACACCUCGACUGUGCGUUGAUACGAGCUGUGUGUGUAGGUCAGGGCAGGGUCCUGUGCGUGUGUGUGUGUGUGGAACAUUCCAGGGCGCGUUAUUGGUUUCCCAGCAUCACACCAGUCUGACUCGAGUAGAUGCAGAACAGGCAUCGUUCAAAGACUAACACUCCACUCACACCUGUAAACUGGAUGUUUUGCACCUUGAUGUGUGAUUCCUCUUUGCUUUUUUACCUUUAUGUUAACUUUAUGUAUUUCUUACUGUGUUGUCUUGUCCAUGGACUUAAGUGGGAAUACUGGGUGGGGUUAAAAAUGUGGGGGGGGGGGGUUGCUUAUGAAUGUGAUUCUGAUGAAAUUCUUCACUUUUCUUUCCUUCUCUUUUUGUAUUGAUUUGGCCUCGUUCUUCGCUGGUCAGUGGCUUAAUAAAGGCAUUCACUAGGUGUUCAUGGAACGCACCGGGCAGCAUGCCCGUCAGUCAGUCAUUUUCUGUUUGGCUUGUUCACUUUGGUGCUGUCUCCCUGCUGAGUUUAAUCAUGUUUUUUUGUACAUAUUAUAAAUAUAUAUAUAAUAAAACAAUGAAAAACAUCAACUAAG